GUACUUGUGUAGUGUAUGCGCGGUGCGUGAUCUGCAGAUGCAUGUAAGUGUACAAGAAAACGGCAAAAACCAACAUUACAGAGCAAGCAUGGAAAAAUUGGCUGGACAAGCAUUGCCUUUCAUCAGCCCUUUCAAACAGGGUCGAGUUUGGUGUUCUUCCUUCAGUAGCCAUAAUAGGAUUUUUCAGAUGGGCGUUCUUAAAAAGCUGAGAGAUUCUUCCAGGGCAUCUCGGCCAAAGUUAAAAACCACAGGGAGUGCUUCUACGAACUUAAACUUGAGCAUGAGGUCAUUUGAGAUUGGUCUGCAGCGACGCAUGUACCUGGCGAACCCCACAAACUAUCAGCCCAUGCAUGGCGAUAACAUGCAUGACUUGAAGAGAUUUCUCGAUACCGUUGGGGAAGACCCGAAGGAGGUGCGAUACUGGAUGAAGCAUUUCCAGUGCUCUAAGGAUCCUCUGUCGCCAUUCUGCGUAGUAAUGAUUGAAGAAGAAGUUUUCAAAAGGCCAGAUAAGCUCAGUGACCUAUGCUCAAGUUUAAGUUUCUUGCAACGUAAUAAGAUGAAACCAGUAAUAAUUCAUGGAAAGAGAAUUUCACACGGGGAAGAUAUAUCGUAUGAACAUUCCCAGAAAACUAGGAGGAAAUUUAUCUCUGAUACAAUGAUGCUAGUCAAUGGGUUAGAGUGUCAUGGAACAAUGGCAAGGCCCCUGUUCAGUGGAAACAGGAUGUUGCUGGCAGAGAAACCGCACCAGAACAGGUUUGGCAUGCUUGGGGAACUGAAAGGCGUGAAUGUAGAUCCAAUUAUAUGGUGUCUCAGGUCUGACCACAUACCGGUGCUGUAUAGCAUCGGUGAGACAGAAGAGGGCCAGCUGCUAGACUUGGACGUUCUCAGGACGACGCAACAAAUCUCGAUCGCGCUGCAGCCGAGGAAAGUGCUGAUGCUUAACGCAGCCGGCGGCAUAACCACCUCGGAUCACCGUGUUAUUAGUCAAGUGAACAUGCCCAGUGAUUUAGACCAGAUGCUACCGCUCGAAGGAUCUACGGAGGAUGUGAAGGAAUGGUUGUAUUCCAUCUCAAUUCUGUUGGAUCACCUGCCUGAUAAAAGUUCUGUAGUAAUCACUUCAGCAGAUAGGGUGCUCCAAGAACUCUUCACUCACCGUGGUUCAGGAACGAUGUUCAAAAACACUGAAAGAAUCAUUCAGUAUGACAACCUUGACGAUGUUGACAUCGGAAAACUCUCCCACCUAUUUGCCAGGGCGUUUAAUCGGGAACUCAAACCAGACUAUUUUAAAGAGAUAAAAGGCAGACUGGAAACACUUUACCUUUCCGAGGGAUACAACGCUGCUGCCAUUGUUACGAAAGAGGACGGUUUUGGUGUGCCAUACAUGGACAAGUUUGCUGUCACUGCUCAAAAUCAGGGUCAGGGCACUGCCGAGAUGCUGUGGGAGUGUGUUAGGAGAGACUAUCACACUCUCUGCUGGCGUUCACGUCAUGUGAAUAACAUCAACCCAUGGUACUUCAAGCGCAGCGAGGGAAGUUGGAGCAAUGGCAAAUGGAUCGUGUUCUGGUAUGGACUUGCCGAUCCAAAGCUGUCCUAUGAGCUAGUGGAGCAUGCUCUGUCUUUCCCGGAGUCAUUUAGUGACGCCCCGAAGAAGUGGCUGGUUGAGGACCAUGAGUGAAGAAGAAGUGAACAUUAAUACCCUGCAUUUCAGAUCAUGCAGAUAUAAACGUAGAACAAAGCCUGUGUGUAUAAGAGCAUGGUUACACUGAAAUCUGUAAUUAAUCACUAAUUAACAGACUUAGGCGGGUUUGUGGUCAAUAUUGUUAUUAUUAUUAUUUCCACUACUAUUGUUAUUAUUAUUAUACUUUUGACCCUUGUGUACGUUGAUUGCUUAUAUAGAAUAUAAUAUUUUUGUGAUAAUUGCGUGUUUUAGGCGUCCAGUUUUCCAUCUGAAUAACAGGUCUAUAUUUCGUAUUUAGGAUUAAUAUUCAACAUUCCAAACAUGAUGCCAAGGGUAACGAAUGUUAUUGGUAUUUAGGUUGCCAUGUAUUACAUUAGUUGUAGAUACAGAUUUUAAAAUAGACUUUAAUUAUAGCGACUCGACUAUUCUUACUUACAUGCAUAAUUGAAUAGAAUCUAUUACACGCAUAGUACGUUUAAUAUGUGCUGUAUUGAGUAUGUAUCUUAUAGCAUAUCGGAUCCAUGAUCAUCGAUUUUUUGUUAUUUAGGAGGUCAUAAUUCUCAACAAACAUGUCUUUUAAUGUUUUUUUGCUAAAUGCAUACCUUUUUACUGUCGUAAUGUAAAUCGGUAAGCUACUCAAAUAGACAUGAAAUGCUGCAGUAGGGUGGCAAUUUCUACUAAAUGCAAAUGCUUAGAAAUAUCGACAAUCAGACCCGAUAUAAAGUAUUGAAGGAAAUUACUGAAACCACGGUGUGUCAGAUGAAAUAUGUAAGAAUCUUAAAUUGUAUUAUUCGAGCGAGUUUUUCGUUAUGGACUGGCAUAGCUAAACACUGUAUAUAUACAUGAGUUGGUAUUAAAAUUGUAUACAUCCUUGCUAGUAUUCGUGAGCUUUGAUUUUGUAUGAUAAUAUUGUCGUCAUGUGGGAUUUUGUAGUUUCCGGUGAGAUUAAUCAGCUUGUGUGAUGCAUUUGCUAGUACAUUACUUUACUUUGUCUUUUGUACAUUUUCUCGGGGAGAAAUUGCCGUCUUCGUUUCACGUGACCCAGUAAAUUCACGUUUAUAUCGUGUAUUAUCGGCUUUUAUUCGAAUGUGUUUUCCACGUAAUACUUGUGAACGUGUACUAGCUAUAUAUAGGUGUGCAUUAUGCCUUUUACACCUAUAUAAAUAAGAAGUGCCGAAGAGAAAUAUGAUAUUUCUUUUGUACGUGCAUUUAUAAACGUUAUCAGUAAUGGUAUCAAAGUAGUUAUUGUCGUUGGUUGGAUAGUAUUCAUAAUAUUACAUGAGAGAUUCAUACAUAUUCUUCCAAGUCGGUCAGAUUAUCCGGUAUCGUUGUUAUUAUUCUAACUGUCGCUGAAGCACAUAUCGUGUAUGAGUUACGUUCUAAAAUCUAAACCAACACUUUUGUGUCAUCGGCAUAUAAUGUGUUUUUGAGAGAUUGUAAGGAUUGGUUGGUAAAAAAUAAAAAUGAAAACUAGUAGAUGCGAAAA